GCAAAAUGGCUGAAUUGGAUAUUGGAAAGCACUGUCAGAUUGAGUGUUGUAAGCAAAAAGACUUCCUGCCGUUUGUAUGUGAGAGCUGCUCUGGAGUGUUUUGUCUUGAACACAGAAGCAGAGCUUCACACUCCUGUCCAGAGGUCCCACUGAAGAGGGAUGUCUUGGAGCCAGGGGUUAGUACAUCAUAUCCAUGCGCAUUUCAGGACUGUAAAGGCAGGGAGCUUCUACCUGUAAUCUGUCAACAUUGUCAAAAACAUUUCUGUCUUGGUCAUCGACAUCAGGAAGACCAUAAGUGUGAGAAGUUGGAGACGCCCACACCUCGAAUGGUGGCAACACAGGAACUUGUGCAAAAAAUAAUAGAAUCAAAGAAGAAUGCACCAAGCAGUAAAAGCAGAAAAGGAGCGAAGAAUAGUGCUACAGCUGCGAAAGUUGCCCUUAUGAAGCUAAAGCUACAUGCUACUGGAGAUAAAGGACUGCCACAGACAGAGCGGACGCAUUUCCAGGUGUUUCUACCAAAAGAUCGGAACGCAUCCAGCCUGCCCAUGUUCUUUAGCUCCAAGUGGAGUGUGGGUAAAGUGGUCGAUUUUGCAGCAGCUCAGGCCAGCCUAAAGAACAACAACAACGUGCUCACAGCCAAGAAACUGCGCUUGUGCCAUCCUGAAACCGGGGAGGCCUUUAAAAUGGAUGUGUGUCUCCAGUCGCUGCUGUCACUCUCCGAUUCUCCUCUCUAUAAUGGAGGCAAAGUGAUCUUGGAGUAUCUGGAUAAUGAGAGCUCUGGAGUUGAAGACGUCACAGCCUACAUUCCUUCCUCUUGAUUUAAAAAUGCUAACAUAGAAUUAAUGCUGUAAGAAUUUGGAUUCAAGAUCAGAUACGAACUCCUUCUGCUCCAUGUUAACAUUUCGAGGUCAGCAGCCAGACUCCAGUGCUGAUGUCGGAGAAAACUGAGAUUAGUGUGAUUUUUUUUUUUUUAAGAUUAUGUAAGCAAUUAUUGGAUGAUUUCGAGUUCAUGCUCAAUUCUGGCCACAAACACUGUUUGCUCUACUUGUCUUAUUACAUCUGUAUAUAACCUGGUAGCUGGUCUAAUAAAAGUUGUCUGUGGUUAA